AUGGACAUCUUUUGUGUAUGCCUUGCCGAAUUUGAUCUCCUCAAAGGCAACACACUCUCCUAUGUCUAUCCGCCCGAACGGAGGGCUAUUCUCUCUCGCUUCUCUCAACAUAUGGGAGAUUAUUGUCUUCCCGAUGGAGCUCACUACUAUGAAGAGGAUACCACUCUGGUGGUGAUUCCUUCCAAUGUGGUGAGUUCGGCCUUGUAUGCGUUUUUACGGAAAGGAACAACCCUUUCAUCAUCACCGCCAUCAUCAUCACCAUCCGCAUUAUCAGGAAAUGGAAAACCCACUACAUCAUCAAACAGUAGUAAUAAUGGAACUGGUGGAGGAGUAGGAGGCUUAUCAAAACUCAGCAAGACAGGUAGCCUUAAAAGUUUCAAUUUAGAGGACGAUACAUACGAAACGGAAACAUCAUCAACCAUCAUGAAUGACAACCUCACGACGGAGGGUGAAACGACGAACAACAACCAAAGCACGAGUACGGCAUUAACAAGUUCUUUUUCUUCAUCAUCAUCAUCAUCAUCAUCGUCUUCAUCGUCAUCAUCAUCAUUGCAGCAACAAAACAUGUUGUUAUCAUUCAUUGAACCGUACGUGGAUAAACCCAUGUAUGCCCACUGUUUAUUCCGUAACAAGAAGGAUUCACGAGUGAAACGUGGAGCCAUUCAAAAAUCCAUCAUUCUCUUCUCAACACAGCCUCACUUUACAGUCUAUGAAAAUUUACUGAGAGUCGCCAUCAACCGUAUACUCGAUUUGGAAAAUAUAUAUUUGCAAGUGAAUGCAACCGCUUCGAAAAAACAACCCGGAGAGGAAUUAUCGGAAGAAUUAGUGAAACAAUUGAAUCAAGUACAUGAACAAAUUAAUGAUAUUUUGAAGGAGUUUUAUGAUCAAUGCACAACUUGUAACAUGUUGCAAUUGAAAUUAUUUCCGACCGUUUCGAAUGAAACGACCUUUACAUUGAAUAUUCCUCGACAAAUUGAUCCUUUCACACCUGUGGCAUAUACUCAUGGUACUUCACUCAUUCAAUUGAUUCAAUUAUUUGGAGUUGAGGUCAUGCUGACGUGCUGGAAUGCUCUUUUACUCGAUAAGAGAAUUAUGGUCAUUGGAUCACCUGCAAAAUUGGUUUCACAAAUAUGUUUCACAUUGCCUCUUCUUGUUUAUCCCUUCCAAAUCAAUGUAAAUCGAAUUCAUCCCUAUGUUCCACUUUCUGACAUGGAUGAUGUGUUGGCAGCUACUUCAAAAACUCCAGAAUAUAUUAUUGGAACCACAAAUGCAUUGUUUGAAACACAAGGAAAGAAUCAACGAACGCAAUGGUGGGAUGUGUGUCUCAGUGUCAACUCUCGUAAGGUACAAAUUGCAGAAAAGAUGCCACCACAUUUUUCUGGAUCGGAUCUGCUGGUCGGGGGAGUGUCACCAAAUGCCGUCAACGAUUCAGACUCACCCACUCAAAUCGAAAAACUCAAUGCAUAUCAAAAGGUAUUCAUUCUCAAUGUUAUGAAUGAAAUUCGAGAAGGAAAGACAGAACAAUGGGUUCGUGAACAGUUCAAAACUCACAACAUCAAAUUCAUUACUGAAUUGCUCUCAAAAGGAAAAUUAUUACACAUUAUUAACAAUGCUACUACAGAUGUUUUCUCAGAUCCACAAAAACAGGCCUCUCUGUUAAAAACAAGUUCUGGACAAUUGAAAAAGAUUCAACGACAAUUCAUUACGGAAUCAUCCAAGUUCAGAAAUUAUGCUUUCAAGCAAUAUCCUCACUUUAAACUAAUGCAUUUCACAGGAAUGACAGAUUCACCUUCUGACGCUACACCUGGAAAGAAUAAUCUUUCACUCGAGUAUUUUGAUGCCAUUCAACUCUUACAAUAUUUACAAGAUGAAAAAAUCAUCAAGAAGCAAAAACUGAAAUAUCUUUAUGACUUGGACAAGUUACUAUCGAGUGACGCAAAUCAAAUUGAUUUAUUACUUUCUGUGAAUGAUAGUUCUAGUAUUUUCACAACCAUCCGAAAUAACAAAUGGCUGGUCGAUGACAAUAAUCAAUGGAGAAAAUACAGUGCCAGUAUAUUGUCUCAAUUGGCUGUGAGUGUCAAAGGACAAAUUCAACUUCUUUCUCUCCUACCUUAUAUCAAAUUAUUGACUGAAGAUGCCAUGCCAAAUGUAAAAAGAAUUGGAUACUAUUGUAUCAUGAAAGUGAGCAAUCUGUAUAUUGGUACCUAUGCCAUUCUCAGAAUUCACCACGAUAUCAUUGACAAAAUUUUGGAUAAUAUUCUCAAUGAAAGUCUGACAGAUGCCAACUUUUAUGAGAUUAGAAUGUACAGUAUUCAGACGUUACUCCAAAUUUGCUACUAUUUUGAUUAUUUCAAGCAGAGUGUUCCAGUGGUCAUGUCUGAUCGGGCUGAUCAUCGCUCUACUACUGAAUUUUCGAACAUGAUAGAGGAUGAUGAAGAAUAUGCUAGAAUUUUGGGAGUCUCAGUAGAUGAUGUCUCAAUGGUAAACACCCUUAUGGAAAAAUUAGAAAAUUUCAAACGAAAAAUAGUUGACGCUUUUUCCUUUGACAAUAUUUCGAACAAUAAUACCACCAAGAGAAGUUUGAAGGAUUACAAAUUUAUUGACAAACUUCUGAUUUUGUAUGAUUUCUAUGAGGUUUAUAAUAAUUAUCACAUUUUAACAGAGAGUGCUCUCAAGUACAACAUGAGUGUAUUUUACUAUUUGAGAAAGGGAGAUCUGGGACAAACUCAAUCACUUCCAUCCUUCACAGAAAUGUAUCAUCAUAUUUCAAGUUUGGUUCUCAAUAUUAAGUAUGACUUGAAGAAGAGUAGUUCGUUGACUCAUCAACAACAAGCGUCUGAAGAGGAAGGUACCGGCAGUGUUCAAUCUCAAAUUAAUGAAUUUCACCAUCAUCACAUUAGCGUCUUCCUAUUGGCUCUUCUUCAAAGCACGAAUUUGGUGAAUAUUAUUUUCAACGAGUUUAUUAUGAAUGUGAAUCAUAUUCGAGUUUAUAAGAAUUACAAAUUGCUAUAUAUGGUCAUGCAAUUACUGUACUUUGUCAUUGAUACAAACAUUGGCAUGUAUUAUUUGCUCAUUUCCAACUAUAUUGAAUAUUGUUUGACAUUUAUCAAGUAUUUCAGUGUGGUUAAUGUGAGAGAUGGAGAGACAGAUGUGAGUGACAGCAAUCUCAAUUUCCGACUGUUCAAAUGUUACACUUUUAUCAUGUUUGUGAAACGAUUGUGCAAGUAUAGAAAGGCAGCAUCUCGACUCAUUGAAUCGAAUGCACUACAAAUUCUGGGACAAUUCAUAAUUACACAUUAUCACAAUCCUCUCUUAUCCAACCUAACGUUUGCAGUUAUUGACGUAUUUCAAGAAUUGUGUGUCUUUUACUUUAAACAUUAUUCGAAAGAAGGAAAUCCAUUAACUGCCUACAUCAUUGAGGAAGAAGAUGAAAAUGAUGAGGAGGAAGAGGGCCGAGACGAUACGGAGCAAUUCUUUAAGAACCCUCUCUAUGAACGAAAUUCUUCACUCUUUUUCAAAAAGAGAAUUAAGGAUCGACUUGAAAUGCUUCCUUCACUUCGAAAGAGAGUCAUCUCUUCAUCAUCGUCGUCGUCACAAGACAAUUUAGAAAAGCAACAAUAUCAAUAUCAAUCCAUUCUAGAGUCUUCUAAUUUUAAUUAUCAUUAUGGUAAUGUUUCUGAGUCAUCAUUAUCUGGAUCAGUCACAUCCUCCGAUUUUUCCUCUCCACGCAACAACAGUUCUCGAUUAGGAAAAUUCAAACAACUUUAUACUACUCAAAAAGCAUCAAAAGAUGACGAGAAAGAUGGACUUUUCGAAAUGACAGCACUCGAUGAAAAACUGCAACAAUGUCUUCAUAUCUUGAACUCGUUUGUGUUCAAAUCAGAUUUUGAAAAUGGAGAUGAGUAG